AAAAUGUAAACAAUUUUAAUACGCGCUUCACAAAACUAGCUAGAAUUAACCACAAUACAUGGAAGAACAUUCCGUUAUUAUAAGUGAAAUAGCAGAUGAAUAUUUGGACAUCUCAGAUGAAAUCGAUGCGAACUUGUUGUUCUUUUACGGCAAAAAACAAUGGCAUUUGAAAACAUGCCUGACUGAAAAUGCAAACGGUCUAGUAAGGAUCAUAAGCAACUAUGAAAAGGCGCGCACCAAAAAGCUUUGCUUCAGAGCACUUCAAGCCCAAAAUGGAUGUUUUACACUGGUAUUUCUUCAAAGGGAAGCUGCCUCAGCCUACUCGGCGAAUACACUCGACAUGGAACUUGCUGCUGAGAUAUUGCCGCUACUGUUUAGCAAUUACACACCCACUUUGGAGUUUGAGGUGGUCAAGGAGCAACAUCAGCGGCAACGUGAACUGAAGAGCUAUGUGACAACACAGCUUUACAACGCGUUGUACUGCAAGCAUCAGGAGCAGCAACAUGAUGAGCCACUCCCUCUGUCCUUGCCGUCUUGUUUCAAGUCGCAGUUGAGAAAGUAUCAGGAACGUACCGUUAGCUGGAUGCUGAGUCGGGAGCGCCUGCCAAGUGAAUUUCCUGCCAACUACACUGCCCUGAAGGCCCUGAACAGCCAGUUUCAAGUGUUCAAGCAUAAAUACUGCCUGCAAUUCUAUGCCUAUGAAAACACAAUGCCCACGAUCUCAAUGCCGCCGGGCGGCAUACUGGCCGAUGAGAUGGGCCUGGGCAAAACUGUCGAGCUGCUAGCCACAAUGUUGCUAAACUCCAGAUCAAAUGUGAACAACAAAUACUGGAGCGAACUUUUAGAAAAUGUUGAGGAUAAUGUGCCGCUCAAGCUAAGGCGUGCGGAACAUAAAGUCCAUUGCAUUUGCAAGCACUCAAAGCACCAAAAGGUGAAAGUGCAGUGCGUACGUUGUCGACUGUGGCAGCACCAAAUGUGUGUACUUGAUGGCACCGAUAUUUAUAUGUGUCCUAAUUGCUGGACAGAAUCGACAGCAAACUGUUCAGAGCUAGUAGAAUCGGGAGCUACAAUCAUUGUGUCCCCAAAUGCCAUUAAGACACAAUGGUAUCAUGAAAUCAGCAAGCAUAUAAAUUCUUCAUUGAAGGUCUUGCUCUAUGGAGGAUUACAUUCCGGGCUCUGGGUUAGCCCCAUGCAACUGGCCCAGUAUGACAUUGUUCUGACCGACUACUCGAUCCUGACGCACGAGAUUCAUUAUACACCAAGAAAUACAACGGAUCGUGAGAUGCGCUUUGAGCAGCGUUACAUGCGUCCAAGAUCCCCGCUAUUAAUGGUUAACUGGUGGCGCGUCUGCCUGGACGAAGCCCAAAUGGUUGAGAGCAGCACAUCCCUGGUAGCGGAAAUGGUUCGUGAGCUGCCGGCAAUCAAUCGCUGGGCAGUCACUGGCACACCAAUACAGCGCACCAUCGACGAUCUGGCUCCGCUAUUGAAGUUUAUUGGCUUUCAGGAAGCUUGUCAGCCGUGGGACGCCUGGCAAACGGUCACUAACUCUUUUUUGCUCAACCACAAUGCUGCGCCGCUGCUGGAGCUACUGCAGCACAGUAUGUGGCGCACAUGUAAAUCGAAAGUGGAGGACGAGCUGGGUAUACCGCCACAAAAAGAGCUCGUGCAUCGUCUGGAGCUGAGCAACGUAGAGUCCUUGUAUUACCGGGAGGAGCAUUAUAAAUGCACUGAACUUUUUUUGACAGCCGUUGCGAAGCACACAAAGCACAAUGCCAACAACAGCAGCUCCUGUUUGGCUUCCAUUUCGCCAAAACUACUGAGGCUUAUAUUACAGCCCUUUUUGCGGAUACGAAAAACGUGCUCAGUUCCAGUUGUGCUCAACAAUAAUGUGGCCACCACAAACUAUUUGAAUCCGCAGGAUCUCCUAGCACAUCUCAAAUCAAAUAACGAAUUGCAAUGCAAGCGUGAACUGCGCACAUGGGCCUCAUCCUACAAUGGCAUUGCAGCCAUACUUUUUAUUCACAAGCAUUAUGGCCAGGCGAUUCAUAACUACAAGCUCGUGCUGAAGUUGGCCAAGGACUACAAUGAGGAGAACAUAUCCGUGGACAGCCUGCUCCAAAUACAUGCAUUGCACAACUUGCUGGAGGCUUCCGCAUUGGCGCCAGAAACGGAACGAUUGGCAGAUCAGGAACUCUCUUCAUAUCGCUUAAAAUUAAACACGCUAGAGCGCAAAUAUUUGGAGGACAAGUCAACAGUGCUGCAGGCAGCACGAAAUGCCUAUGAAUUAAAGCUUAAAGAAAUGGAUCAGCUCUCGCAGCAAUUCAGUACAAACAUUUUAGACCUAUUCGCCACAUUGAUCAAUACAAGCGACUCCCUGCACAAUGCAAUGUGGAACAAGAUUGUCGAUGAGUUUUUUAGACAAAACUGCUCUAAGGAAAAGUUAAAGGAUGUGAACUCCAUGUCGGGCUUGCUUUAUUUAAUACACAACUGGCACGAAAAAUUGAAGAAACUGCAUACUAAAUUAGGCACAGAAUUUAAUUUUUUGAACGACAUCCUGGUCCAAGCAUGUGAGGCAGCAGAAAAGGGAAUUGCCUUAAAUCAGGAAACGAUUAAUUUCAUUAAAAAUGUGUCUGACUGCCACUUGGCUGAUAUCUUAGAGGACAAACCAACAAAUAGGCCAACAACAAUUGAAAAGCCAAAGGAGCAAAAACAUUGCCGUCUAUGUAAGAUUCGUGAUAUUGUCAAUCAGUUUGAAUGCCUGCUGUUUGCAAAGGAAUUGGGCAAGGAGGGCACCAUAACGGAUGGCUCUGAGAAUCCAAGCAUCGAAAUAAUUAUAAUCAGAGUGAUCUUUAACUUUGUGCGCUCCAGACACGAGUUAAGCGAGUGGAAAGCGGAAUGUAAAAAUAAAUUGGAUUUUCUAGAUGCUAUGCAGAGCCUGGUUAAGCUGCAAAUUAAGUACUGGAUUGAAGUGGAAUACGUAAUCAAAACGUUUGAUGAGCUGGACAUGUGUAAAAUGCGUAUAUUGCUCACUAAUGACCCAGAGGAGCAAUCUAACUUUCGCAUAUUGCCCUACCAAUUAGACGAACAAACGGAAUUCAAUUUAACAAACAUUCGAGAGUCGCAGUUAAACUUUACGCGAUUGUCAGGCCGUCUUAAGUAUUUGAAGCAUUUGAAGGAAGAUGACGGUGACAAGCCCUGUCCCAUUUGCCAAACACAGGAUGAUGAACGUUAUGUUAUGCUGUCCUGUGGCCACUUUCUCUGCCAACAUUGUCUGGACACCAUGAAGAGGAAGUUAAGUCUUGGUAGCGUAACCAAGUGUCCACUGUGUCGGCAAAAUUCGCCACAACUAUACUAUUCCGUGCGUAAGGGUGUCAACAGUUCCAAAGUCAUCGGCGACUUUUCCACAAAGAUUGCGUACAUUGUCGAGUUGGUGCUGAAAAUCAAAUCGCAAAGUAAGGAUAAAGAAAAAAUUCUGAUAUUCUCGCAAUGGGCAACCAUUUUAAAUCAUAUUGCCAGCGCCUUGAGCCAAAAUGGUAUCGAAUAUCGCAGCAAAUUCACUACUCGCGAUAUUGAUGAGUUUAAGGAUCCCGAACGUAAUGUCACAUGUUUGUUAAUGCCCCUGGCUCGGGGUGCCAAAGGGCUGAACUUAAUCGAAGCUACCCAUGUUUUUCUGGUAGAACCAAUUCUAACGCCUGGCGAAGAACUGCAGGCUAUUGGCCGUGUGCAUCGUUUCGGCCAAACAAAACCGACUACAGUGCAUCGUUUCAUUGUAAAUGGUACAAUCGAGGAAAAUAUAUUGAAGCUUAUUAAAUCGGCUGACGAUAAGUCCACAUUAUCAACACAUUGGGACCUAGAUAAUAUGACGCUGGAUAGCUUAAAGGAUCUGUUUGUACUAAAGGGAAGUGAGUAAAAACAGGUAAUAGUAAUAAGGUCUAUGCUAUGUAAAAAGAGCAUACUCAAUAUAUAUUUUAUAAUUAUAUGUUGGUAGAUUAAACUGUCACUAUGUCUAUGCUUAGAUGUAA